GAGCGGGAGGGAUCGAAGUCUAGUCUACCCGGGAAACAGAAAUUCGACUGAAAAUUGUAGCCAAUUUUGCAGAACAAGAUCACUGAACCCUAAGCACCGGAGCGGGAAUUGAAUUCACUACACAAUUCUCGCACUGAAGUCGCUUGAUUCCCUCAUUUUUUGUUCUACUAGACUAUACUAGUCAAUGAAGGCGUUUCAAAGCCUGGUACGAGUAUGAAGAAGAAGAAGAAGCUGCCGGAACUGCCUAACGCUCUGAAUAUAUAGUCGUUUAACUUUCUACAAUCACCUAGCUCUUUCUCUUUGCAUUCAGCGUUACUUCAAGGACGCCAUGAGUCCCAUUCAGAACUUCGAGCAACAUUCUCGCCACCUCGUCGAGCCUGAACUUUGUAUUCAGACGAGGCUUCAGAUGGCAACAGAGGUUCGAGAUAGCUUGGAGAUUGCUCACACUCCUGAGUACUUAAAUUUUCUGAAAUGCUACUUUCGCGCGUUCUCUGUAAUCCUACUUAAAAUUACAAAGCCUCAAUUCACUGACAGUCAUGAGCAUAAGCUUCGGAACAUCGUGGUGGAGAUCCUUAAUCGGCUUCCACACAGUGAAGUUUUAAGGCCCUUCGUGCAGGACCUGUUGAAGGUUGCCAUGCAAGUGCUUACCACAGAUAACGAGGAGAACGGCUUAAUUUGUAUCCGCAUAAUCUUCGACCUGCUCAGAAAUUUUAGACCGACCCUAGAAAAUGAAGUGCAGCCAUUCCUGGACUUCGUGUGCAAAAUUUACCAGAACUUUAAGUUGACUGUAAGCCAUUUUUUUGAAAAUACGGCUGCUGUUGUUGAAGAUACCAAGCCCAUGGAUGUAUCCACCUCAUCGGACCAGUCACUGACUUCCGGAUGCACGGGGACUGUGCAGCUCAAUCCCAGUACCCGCUCAUUUAAGAUAGUAACGGAGAGUCCACUGGUCGUCAUGUUUCUUUUCCAGCUGUAUAGUCGGCUUGUCCAAACAAAUAUCCCUCUCUUGUUGCCUUUGAUGGUUUCUGCUAUUUCUGUUCCAGGACCUGAAAAGGUUCCUCCCUCUUUGAAGACUCAUUUCAUUGAACUGAAGGGUGCGCAGGUUAAGACGGUUUCUUUUUUAACAUAUCUAUUGAGGAGUUCUGCUGAUUAUAUCAGGCCACAUGAAGAAAGUAUUUGUAAGAGUAUUGUGAAUUUGCUGGUCACAUGUUCAGAUUCUGUGUCAAUACGGAAGGAAUUAUUGGUAGCCCUGAAACAUGUUCUUGGAACAGAGUAUAAGAGAGGCUUAUUUCCACUGAUUGAUACACUGUUGGAAGAGAAGGUACUAGUUGGAACUGGUCGGGCAUGCUAUGAGACAUUAAGACCAUUAGCUUAUAGUUUACUAGCAGAAAUUGUGCAUCAUGUCAGAGGGGAUCUUUCCCUGUCUCAGCUAUCACGGAUUAUCUACUUGUUCUCAAGCAACAUGCAUGAUGCCUCACUAUCACUUAGCAUUCAUACUACUUGUGCACGGUUGAUGCUGAACUUGGUGGAGCCAAUCUUUGAGAAGGGUGUUGACCAAACGUCUAUGGAUGAAUCACGAAUUCUCUUGGGGCGUAUUUUGGACGCUUUUGUUGGGAAAUUUAGUACAUUCAAGCACACCAUUCCUCAGUUGUUGGAGGAAGGUGAGGAAGGAAAAGAUCGUGCAAACUUGAGGUCCAAGCUUGAGCUCCCUGUGCAGGCAGUUUUAAAUUUGCAGGUCCCUGUGGAACAUUCUAAGGAAGUCAAUGACUGUAAGCAUUUGAUUAAGACGUUAAUCAUGGGAAUGAAGACUAUCAUUUGGAGUAUCACUCAUGCACAUUUACCCCGAUCUCAGGUUUCUCCAUCUCAAAAUGGAACACAUCCACAGAUGCUUGUUAACCCAUCAUCGAAUUUGGCAACACCUCAAGCAUUCAAAGGGAUGAGAGAGGACGAGGUGUGUAAAGCCUCUGGUGUUCUGAAAAGUGGUGUUCAUUGCUUAACACUUUUCAAGGAAAAGGAUGAAGAAGUAGAAAUGCUUCAUCUGUUCUCCCAGAUACUUACUGUUAUGGAACCUCGAGAUCUGAUGGAUAUGUUUUCGUUGUGUAUGCCCGAACUUUUCGACUGUAUGAUCUCCAACGCGCAGCUGGUCCAUCUGUUUUCAACAUUUUUGCAAACACCUAAAGUAUAUAGGCCUUUUGCGGAUGUUUUGGUUAAUUUUCUUGUCAGCAGUAAACUUGAUGUUUUGAAGCACCCAGAUUCACCAGGAGCAAAAUUGGUCUUGCAUCUCUUUCGUUUUGUAUUUGGUGCUGUUUCUAAAGCACCCUCAGAUUUCGAGCGUAUUUUACAGCCUCAUGUGACUGUCAUAAUGGAAGUUUGCGUAAAAAGUGCUACUGAAGUUGAAAGACCUCUUGGGUACAUGCAGCUUCUUCGUGUGAUGUUUCGGGCAUUAGCUGGGUGUAAAUUUGAGCUUUUACUACGUGAUCUGAUUUCUUUGCUACAACCUUGCCUUAAUAUGUUACUGACCAUGCUUGAUGGUCCAACUGGGGAAGAUAUGAGGGAUCUGUUAUUGGAAUUAUGCCUCACAUUGCCUGCACGCUUAAGCUCAUUAUUGCCUCACCUUCCCCGUUUAAUGAAGCCUCUAGUUUUAUGUCUUAAAGGAAGUGAUGAGUUAGUUGGUCUGGGUUUACGAACCCUUGAGUUCUGGGUUGAUAGUUUAAACCCUGAUUUCCUAGAACCUAGUAUGGCUAACGUGAUGUCUGAAGUGAUUUUAGCCUUAUGGUCUCAUUUGAGGCCACCGCCUUAUCCUUGGGGUGCAAAAGCAUUACAAGUUCUUGGAAAGUUAGGUGGUCGUAAUAGACGCUUUCUCAAGGAGCCACUUGCACUAGAAUGCAAGGAGAAUCCAGAACAUGGGCUUCGUUUGAUUCUUACCUUUGAGCCCUCUACUCCCUUUUUGGUGCCACUGGAUAGAUGCAUAAAUCUUGCUGUAUCUGCUGUAAUGAAUAAAACUGGUGGUGUUGAUUCUUUCUACAGAAAACAAGCUUUGAAAUUUCUUCGCGUCUGCUUGUCUUCUCAGCUUAAUUUGCCUGGAAUUGUGGCUGAUGAUGGCUAUACACCCAGACAAUUAUCAACUUUGCUCAUCUCUUCUGUUGAUUCCUCUUGGCGGAGAUCUGAGACUCCUGAGGCAAAGGCUGAUUUGGGCGUGAAGACAAAAACCCAACUUAUGGCUGAAAAAUCUGUUUUCAAGCUUUUAUUGAUGACCAUUAUUGCUGCUGGUUCAGAGGAGGAUCUCCAUGAACCGAAGGAUGAUUUUGUGCUUAAUGUAUGUCGCCAUUUUGCUAUACUAUUCCAUAUUGAUUCUUCUCUAAAUAAUCCUCCAGUUGCAUCUGCGUCACUUGGGAGUACUUUGCUUCCCUCAAAUGUUAAUGCCAAUUCCAGAUUAAAAAGCAGUGCCUGUUGUAACCUCAAAGAGUUAGAUCCUCUCAUUUUUUUGGAUGCAUUGGUUGAGGUGCUGGCAGAUGAAAACAGGCUCCAUGCAAAAGCUGCUUUGAAUGCUCUAAAUUUGUUCUCUGAAAUGCUUCUUUUCCUUUGUCGUGGAAAACAAACUGAUGUAAUGAUGACAAGAGGGCCCGGCACACCAAUGAGUGUUUCCAGUCCCAUGAGCCCUGUAUAUUCGCCACCUCCAAGUGUCCGUAUUCCAGUUUUUGAGCAAUUUUUGCCACGGCUUUUGCAUUGUUGUUAUGGCUGUACUUGGCAAGCCCAAAUGGGUGGUGUUAUGGGACUUGGUGCUUUAGUUGGGAAGGUUACUGUUGAAACUCUUUGCCAUUUUCAAGUAAAAAUUGUACGAGGUCUGGUAUAUGUUCUGAAAAGGCUACCUGUUUAUGCUAGUAAGGAGCAAGAGGAGACUAGCCAAGUACUUAAUCAUGUUCUUCGUGUUGUGAAUAAUGUUGAUGAAGCAAACAGUGAGCCACGCAGACAAAGCUUUCAAGGGGUAGUAGAUGUCCUUGCUUCUGAGUUGUUUAAUCCCAAUUCAUCAACUAUUGUGAGAAAGAAUGUACAGUCGUGCUUAGCUCUUUUGGCCAGUAGGACUGGUAGUGAGGUGUCUGAGUUGCUUGAACCGCUGUAUCAACCUUUGCUCCAGCCUCUCUUAUUGCGACCACUUCGGUUGAAGACUAUCGAUCAACAGGUUGGAACUGUUACAGCCUUGAAUUUCUGCUUGGCACUAAGGCCGCCUCUUUUGAAGUUGACUCAGGAGUUGGUUAACUUUCUGCAAGAAGCUUUGCAAAUAGCUGAGGCAGAUGAAACUGUAUGGGUUGUAAAGUUUAUGAACCCAAAAAUAGCCACAUCAUUGAACAAGCUCCGAACAGCUUGCAUUGAGUUAUUAUGUACCACCAUGGCAUGGGCAGAUUUUAAAACUCCCAAUCAUUCUGAAUUGCGUGCAAAGAUUAUCUCAAUGUUUUUCAAGUCAUUGACAUGUCGGACUCCAGAAGUAGUUGCUGUUGCGAAGGAGGGGUUAAGACAGGUGAUUAAUCAGCAAAGGAUGCCCAAAGAUCUGCUACAAGGUAGUCUUAGACCUAUUCUGGUGAACCUGGCACACACCAAAAAUCUUAGCAUGCCUCUUCUUCAAGGUCUUGCUCGCCUUCUUGAACUUUUGGCCAGUUGGUUUAACGUUACGUUGGGAGGCAAACUGUUAGAACAUCUCAAGAAAUGGUUGGAGCCUGAAAAACUUGCACAAAGUCAGAAAGCAUGGAAGGCAGGUGAAGAACCAAAAAUUGCAGCAGCUAUCAUUGAACUUUUUCAUCUGCUUCCCAUGGCUGCAUCCAAGUUUCUUGACGAACUAGUAACAUUGACUAUUGAUUUGGAAGGAGCUCUUCCCCCAGGACAAGUGUAUAGUGAAGUCAACAGUCCUUACCGUGUUCCACUAAUUAAAUUUUUGAACCGAUAUGCACCGCUUGCUGUUGAUUACUUCCUUGAUCGACUUAGUGAACCAAAAUACUUCAGACGGUUUAUGUAUAUUAUCCGAUCAGAUGCUGGCCAGCCUCUGAGAGAAGAACUUGCAAAAUCACCACAAAAGAUACUUGCUAGUGCCUUUCCAGAAUUUGUACCUAAAUCUGAAGCUGCUUUAACUCCAGGUUCAUCAACCCCACCUGCUCCUUUAUCAGGUGAUGAAGGCCUUGUAACUCCUUCUGAUGUCUCCGAUCCACCAUCUGCACCUUCAAGUGUGGUUUCCGAUGCUUAUUUUCGUGGUCUUGCACUUGUUAAAACUUUGGUCAAAUUGAUGCCUGGUUGGCUACAGAGCAAUCGUGUAGUUUUUGAUACUCUGGUACUUGUUUGGAAGUCACCUGCUAGAAUAGCUCGAUUGCGCAAUGAGCAAGAGCUAAACCUAGUGCAAGUGAAAGAAAGCAAGUGGCUAGUAAAAUGCUUCCUCAAUUAUCUGCGACAUGAAAAAGCCGAAGUGAAUGUGCUCUUUGACAUACUUUCCAUCUUUUUGUUUCACACUCGAAUUGAUUAUACUUUUCUGAAGGAGUUUUAUAUCAUCGAGGUUGCUGAAGGAUAUCCACCGAACAUGAAGAAAGCCCUCCUCUUACAUUUUCUAAACCUGUUUCAAUCCAAACAACUUGGUCAUGAUCAUUUGGUGGUUGUAAUGCAAAUGCUAAUUCUUCCUAUGCUUGCUCAUGCCUUCCAAAAUGGGCAAAGUUGGGAGGUUGUAGAUCAAGCCAUAAUUAAAACAAUUGUCGACAAACUUCUUGAUCCUCCAGAAGAGGUGACUGCUGAGUACGAUGAGCCCUUGAGAAUAGAACUUUUACAGCUGGCAACCUUACUUCUCAAGUAUCUUCAGAGUGACCUGGUUCAUCACAGGAAAGAACUAAUCAAGUUUGGUUGGAACCAUCUAAAAAGGGAAGAUAGUGCCAGUAAGCAGUGGGCAUUUGUGAAUGUCUGCCAUUUCUUGGAGGCCUAUCAAGCACCUGAAAAAAUUAUCCUCCAGGUUUUUGUAGCACUUCUUAGAACUUGUCAACCAGAAAAUAAAAUGUUGGUCAAGCAGGCCCUUGAUAUACUAAUGCCAGCCCUUCCACGAAGAUUGCCUCUUGGCGACUCUCGGAUGCCAAUUUGGAUUAGAUAUACCAAGAAAAUACUAGUUGAGGAGGGCCACUCAAUUCCUAAUUUGAUUCAUAUUUUCCAACUCAUUGUGCGACAUUCAGAUCUCUUCUACAGUUGUAGAGCUCAAUUUGUUCCACAGAUGGUGAAUUCUCUCAGUCGUCUAGGUUUGCCAUAUAAUACUACAGCAGAAAAUAGGAGACUUGCAAUUGAUCUUGCCGGGUUGGUGGUUGGUUGGGAACGACAAAGACAAAAUGAAAUGAAGCAUGUAACUGAAAGUGAUGUCCCUAGCCACAGCAAUGAUGGAUUAACUUCAUGUCCUCCUGGCGCUGAUCCCAAGCGUUUGGUUGAUGGUUCUACAUUCCCUGAAGAUUCAACCAAGCGAGUCAAGGUUGAACCUGGUCUUCAAUCUCUCUGUGUCAUGUCUCCUGGUGGUGCAUCAUCAAUGCCAAAUAUAGAGACCCCUGGGUCAACAACACAACCUGAUGAAGAAUUUAAACCAAACGCUGCAAUGGAGGAAAUGAUUAUAAAUUUUCUAAUAAGGGUUGCAUUGGUGAUAGAGCCUAAGGACAAGGAGGCAACUGCAAUGUAUAAGCAAGCAUUAGAGCUUCUCUCACAGGCUCUGGAGGUGUGGCCAAAUGCUAAUGUGAAAUUCAAUUAUCUGGAGAAGUUGCUCAGUAGCAUCCAGCCAUCUCAGUCCAAGGACCCUUCCACUGCUCUUGCACAGGGCUUGGAUGUAAUGAACAAAGUCUUAGAGAAGCAGCCACAUCUGUUUGUCAGAAAUAAUAUCAAUCAGAUAUCUCAAAUUCUAGAACCAUGUUUUAAGCACAAGAUGUUAGAUGCUGGAAAAUCAUUAUGUUCCCUGUUAAGAAUGGUAUUUGUGGCUUAUCCUUUGGAAGGGGUCACAACACCACCAGAUGUGAAGUUGCUGUAUCAGAAAGUUGACGAACUAAUAAAAAAUCACAUUAAUAAUCUAACUGCCCCUCAAACAUCUUCUGAGGAUAACACUGCUUCUUCCAUUAGCUUUGUCCUGCUUGUAAUUAAAACUUUGACGGAGGUGCAGAAGAACCUAAUUGAUCCGUAUAACCUAGGUCGUAUUCUUCAGCGGCUAGCACGAGAUAUGGGAUCGUCAGCAGGUUCUCAUUUGAGACAAGGUCAAAGGAUGGAUCCCGAUUCAGCAGUAACUUCUUCUCGUCAAAGUGCUGAUGUCGGAACAGUCAUCUCCAAUUUGAAAUCUGUUUUGAAACUCAUUAAUGAAAGAGUCAUGCUUGUUCCUGAGUGCAAGCGUUCUGUAACUCAAAUCAUGAAUUCGCUGUUGUCAGAAAAAGGCACUGAUGCCAGUGUGCUGCUCUGCAUACUUGAUGUGAUAAAGGGGUGGAUUGAGGAUGACUUCAGUAAAAUGGGCCCUUCUGUCUCAUCCAGUUCUUUUCUUGCUCCUAAGGAAAUUGUCUCUUUUCUUCAGAAGCUAUCACAAGUGGAUAAGCAAAACUUCUCUUCCAGUGCUGCAGAAGAGUGGGAUGGAAAAUAUCUACAGCUCCUUUAUGAAAUUUGUGCUGAUUCAAAUAAAUAUCCCAUGGCUCUGCGUCAAGAAGUAUUUCAGAAGGUUGAACGUCAGUUCAUGCUGGGUCUGAGGGCAAGAGAUCCUGAAAUUAGGAAAAAAUUCUUCACACUAUAUCAUGAAUCUCUUGGGAAAACAUUGUUUAUAAGGCUCCAAUACAUCAUCCAGGUGCAGGACUGGGAAGCUUUAAGUGAUGUAUUCUGGCUCAAACAGGGCCUUGAUCUCCUUUUGGCAGUGUUAGUUGAGGAUAAGCCUAUAACCCUUGCCCCGAACUCUGCAAGGUUACCACCUCUUCUUGUAUCUGGUCAUGUUGCAGAUUCCUCUGUGGUGCAGCACCCGGUUAUUGAUGCUCAAGAGGGUAUUGAGGAUGCCCCUUUAACAUUUGAUUCCCUUGUUCUUAAGCAUUCACAAUUUUUAAAUCGGAUGAGUAAACUUCAGGUGGCUGAUCUUAUUAUUCCAUUGAGAGAAUUGGCCCAUACUGAUGCAAAUGUUGCGUAUCAUCUAUGGGUGUUGGUCUUCCCUAUUGUCUGGGUAACAUUGCACAAGGAAGAGCAGGUGGCACUGGCCAAACCAAUGAUUGGCCUCUUGUCAAAGGAUUAUCACAAGAGACAGCAAGCAAGCAGACCGAAUGUUGUGCAGGCACUUCUAGAAGGGCUCCAGCUGAGUCAUCCUCAGCCUCGGAUGCCUAGUGAGCUCAUUAAAUAUAUUGGCAAGACUUACAACGCAUGGCAUAUAGCACUGGCUCUUCUGGAAAGUCAUGUUAUGUUGUUCAUGAAUGAGACAAAAUGUGCCGAGUCUCUAGCUGAGCUAUACCGCUUACUCAAUGAGGAAGAUAUGAGGUGUGGACUGUGGAAGAGGAAGGCAAACACAGCAGAAACUAAAGCUGGACUUUCAUUAGUUCAGCAUGGUUACUGGCAGCGUGCUCAAAGCCUUUUUUAUCAAUCAAUGGUUAAAGCAACCCAAGGUACAUAUAAUAACACUGUACCGAAGGCUGAGAUGUGUCUUUGGGAAGAACAAUGGCUUUGCUGUGCUAGUCAACUUAGUCAAUGGGACGCUUUGGCGGAUUUUGGGAAGAGCAUUGAAAAUUACGAAAUACUGCUUGACAGUCUAUGGAAAGUGCCUGAUUGGACAUACAUGAAAGAGCAUGUUAUACCAAAAGCUCAAGUUGAAGAAACACCAAAACUUCGUUUAAUUCAAGCAUAUUUUUCUCUUCAUGAUAGGAGCACAAAUGGUGUAGCAGAUGCUGAAAAUAUAGUGGGAAAAGGAGUUGAUCUUGCUUUAGAACAGUGGUGGCAAUUACCUGAAAUGUCGGUUCAUGCCAGGAUUCCACUUUUGCAACAAUUCCAGCAACUAGUUGAAGUGCAGGAAUCGUCUAGAAUUCUUGUUGACAUAGCCAAUGGAAACAAACAUUCAGGAAGUUCUGUUGUUGGUGUACAUUCAAAUCUCUAUGCAGAUCUAAAGGAUAUCCUUGAGACUUGGAGACUGCGAAUUCCGAAUGAAUGGGAUAGUAUGACUGUUUGGUGUGAUUUACUGCAGUGGAGGAACGAAAUGUAUAAUGCUGUAAUCGAUGCAUUUAAGGAUUUUGGCAACACAAAUUCCCAACUCCAUCACCUUGGUUUUCGUGACAAAGCAUGGAAUGUCAAUAAGCUUGCUCAUGUUGCUCGUAAGCAAGGACUUUAUGACGUUUGUGUAGCAAUACUUGAUAAGAUGUAUGGUCAUCUAACCAUGGAAGUGCAGGAGGCUUUUGUGAAGAUAAGAGAACAGGCAAAGGCUUACUUGGAGAUGAAGGGAGAACUCACCAGUGGCCUGAAUCUGAUCAACAGCACUAAUUUAGAGUAUUUUCCCGUGAAACACAAAGCAGAAAUUUUUCGUCUCAAGGGAGAUUUCCAGCUGAAGUUAAGUGAUUCAGAAGGUGCUAAUCAAUCAUACUCCAAUGCAAUAACUCUUUUCAAGAAUUUGCCCAAGGGAUGGAUAAGCUGGGGGAACUAUUGUGACAUGGCUUACAAAGAAUCCCACGACGAGACUUGGUUGGAAUAUGCAGUUAGCUGCUUUCUUCAAGGCAUUAAAUUUGGCAUUUCCAACUCAAGAAACCAUCUAGCUCGUGUAUUAUAUCUUCUCAGCUUUGACACCCCCAAUGAGCCUGUGGGCCGAGCAUUUGACAAGUUUUUGGAUCAAAUACCACAUUGGGUUUGGCUGUCAUGGAUUCCUCAACUCUUACUUUCCUUGCAAAGGACGGAAGCACCUCACUGUAAACUUGUUCUCCUGAAAAUUGCGAAUGUUUAUCCUCAGGCAUUGUAUUACUGGCUUCGUACUUAUUUGCUUGAAAGGCGGGAUGUUGCAAAUAAGUCUGAGCUGGGAAGGAUGGCAAUGGCUCAACAAAGAAUGCAGCAAAAUGCCACUUCGGCUGGUUCUCUUGGUCUGGCCGAUGGAGGUUCUAGAGCAGGUCAUGGUGGCAGUACUACCCCUACUGAUAACCAAGGUCACCAAGGCAGUCAAUCAGGUAGUGGAAUUGGAUCUCAUGAUGGUGGUAAUGCUCACAGCCAAGAGCCUGAAAGGACCACAGGAGCGGACAGCAGCACACAUGCUGGAAAUGAUCAAUCUCUCCCGCAACCUUCUUCAAAUGUAAAUGAAGGUACUCAAAAUGCAUUAAGACGCAGUGCUGCCUUGGGCUUAGUGGGUUCUGCUGCUAGUGCAUUUGAUGCUGCAAAGGAUAUAAUGGAGGCUCUUAGAAGCAAGCACACUAAUUUGGCCAGCGAACUUGAGAUUCUACUCACAGAAAUUGGUUCAAGGUUUGUUACUCUGCCUGAGGAGAGACUUCUCGCCGUGGUGAAUGCAUUGCUUCAUCGUUGCUACAAGUAUCCCACUGCCACAACAGCUGAGGUUCCUCAAUCACUGAAAAAGGAGCUCUCUGGAGUUUGCAAGGCUUGCUUCUCAGUUGAUGCCGUUAAUAAGCAUGUUGAUUUUGUGAGGGAGUACAAGCAAGAUUUUGAGCGUGAUCUCGAUCCAGAGAGCACUUCCACUUUUCCCGCAACUCUGUCAGAAUUGACUGAGAGACUGAAACACUGGAAAAAUGUUCUUCAGGGAAAUGUUGAGGACAGGUUUCCUGCAGUCUUGAAAUUAGAAGAAGAAAGCCGGGUGUUGCGUGACUUCCAUGUAGUUGAUGUGGAGGUACCAGGACAAUACUUUACCGAUCAGGAAAUUGCACCUGACCAUACCGUUAAGUUAGAUAGAGUUGGAGCAGACAUUCCAAUUGUCCGAAGACAUGGCAGUAGUUUCCGACGCUUGACUUUAAUUGGUUCAGAUGGUUCACAACGUCAUUUUAUAGUCCAAACGUCCUUGACCCCUAAUGCUAGAAGUGACGAGCGCAUAUUGCAGCUCUUUCGAGUUAUGAAUCAAAUGUUCGAUAAGCACAAGGAAUCAAGGCGCCGCCACUUGUGUAUUCACACUCCAAUCAUAAUUCCUGUUUGGUCUCAGGUCCGCAUGGUGGAAGAUGACUUGAUGUAUAGCACUUUUCUUGAGGUGUAUGAAAAUCACUGUGCAAGAAACGACCAAGAGGCAGAUCUUCCAAUUACAUAUUUCAAAGAGCAAUUGAAUCAAGCCAUAUCUGGCCAAAUCUUGCCAGAAGCGGUUGUAGAUCUUCGCCUUCAAGCUUUUGGUGAUAUAACAAGAAACCUUGUAAACGAGGGCAUAUUUUCACAGUACAUGUAUAAGACAUUACUCAGUGGAAACCACAUGUGGGCUUUUAAAAAGCAGUUUGCCAUCCAAUUAGCCCUUUCAAGUUUUAUGUCUUACAUGCUACAGAUUGGAGGAAGGUCACCAAACAAGAUUUAUUUUGCCAAGAACACGGGGAAAAUUUUCCAAACAGAUUUUCAUCCUGCAUAUGAUGCAAAUGGUAUGAUCGAGUUCAAUGAACCAGUGCCUUUCAGGUUAACCAGGAAUAUGCAAGCCUUCUUCUCAAAUUUUGGAGUGGAAGGGUUAAUUGUUUCUGCCAUGUGUUCUGCUGCUCAGGCAGUUGUUUCACCAAAGCAAAAUCAGCAUUUAUGGCAUCAACUUGCAAUGUUCUUCCGUGAUGAGUUACUGUCAUGGUCCUGGCGAAGACCCCUCGGUAUGCCUUUAGCAUCCAUUGCAGCUGGUGGUAUGAACCCUGCUGACUUCAAGCAGAAGGUCACUACCAAUGUUGAUCUCGUCAUUGGCCGGAUUAAUGGAAUAGCACCACAAUAUUUCUCGGAGGAAGAGGAGAAUGCCAUGGACCCGCCUCAGUCGGUACAAAGGGGUGUGUCAGAGCUGGUUGAUGCUGCCUUACAGCCGAAGAAUCUGUGCAUGAUGGACCCAACAUGGCAUCCCUGGUUUUGAUUAAGGUACUAUCCACAACUAGGAAACAGGAGGGAAAGGAUACAAAUUUUGUAGAUGAUUACUAUUGUUGAUAACAUAUUAUUGUUGUGCAUAGCUAAUUAUGAGUCCUUGACGACUCCUCUCGACCCCUUGAUAUUGUAGAUGAUUACUAUUGUUGAUAGGCAAAAUGUAUUUACAAUUGCCAAUCUUGUUUCCCAUGUGUAUAUAAAGGGGUAAGGUUUUUGUAUA